GCUGUACCCGUAAAAAAAAAUGUCGAUGCCCCUCGUCGCCCCGCUCUUCCCUGCGGGGAAAGAGCCACUUCCUCCAGGGUUCACAGAAGAAGAGCGCGAGCAGCUAAUGCAGGCCAAAAAGUACCAGAACUGGAUGACUAUGGGGAUGGAGUCUUGCGUGGCUAAAACGGCACUGGCUGGUGGUGGUGGAUUCGCUAUUGGUGCUCUUUUCUCUUUGAUGUCUGCUUCAUUCGCGUACGAGGACCCGCUGCUUCGGGCACAAACACAGGCCGGCAUGAACUCGGGCCAGAAAGCAAAGGAGAUAUUCAAGGAAAUGGGAAGAGGGAUGUACAAGAGCGGUAAAGGUUUUGGUAAAGUUGGUGCAUUAUUUGCAGGCAUUGAAUGCGUAAUAGAAGGCUAUCGGGCAAAGAAUGAUAUGGUCAACCCAGUAGCUGCAGGCUUCGUUGCCGGUGGUAUCCUUGCCAGAAACUCGGGUCCAAAAGCUGUCCUAGGUGGUGGUAUAGCGUUUGCAGCAUUUUCGGCGGCCAUUGACCUGUUCUUGCGACGAGAGCCCGCAGAUGAGGAUUAAUGCAAUAUCUCUGAGAUGUGAGCUAUCUAGACUAACUUAUUACCUUUUUGUUGGAUUCAUGUCACCACUCACGCACUGUUCGGUAGAACGCAUACGAUCCUGCCUUUGCAAGAGAAGGCCUGACAUGCCCUAUCAGAGUCAGCUGCUACAUACUCUGCUGUCUUCCUAACCAUGGCUCAUGUCGAGCUGAAAUUUGGCGACGUCCUGUCUCGAUGCUACAUCGAUGUCGGUACCGGAAGACCAAAAGAAUGCUUAUAUCGAUCGAAUUCCGCAUCUGUCACACUUUAUUAGCCUCCUAUGGAGUUUAUUG